UAGGUGGAGGAGGAUAGGCGGUUGUCGAGUCCGAUGGGAAGGUUUGGAGAGACGGUGAUGGUUGAGCCUUUAGUAGCAUAGGAGCCCGGGGCACUGUUUAUCUUUAAUAAACUCAAAAGUCAACCUAGAAGAUCAACCAAAUGAACUGAUGUUAAGAGAUCACACAUUACUGUCAAAGAAACUAAAUAACCCACCAGUCAGCUCUCCAAGCAAGAACACUCAAUCUUUCCAUAUAUACCCCUCCGAAAAUUGCUUUGCUUAACAAUAUAGGUGAAGGAGGUUAGGCGGUUGUCGAGUCCUAUGGGAAGGUUUUGGAGAGACGAUGAUGGUUGAUCGUUCAGUACGUAGGUCGGGACACCAUUUAGACAUAUUUACAUUAGUUGCGGCUUUUCAAUCCGCAUUCGACAAACCCACAUCACUCAACAUUUCCAUAUUUACCCCUCUCUUAAAGACACAUGUUAUACAUAUUGACUCAAAACUUCUAUGUUCAAAAAUAUUGUUGUUUUAUGGUAGUUAUAUUAUUUAAGUCUAUGUCAAGAAUUUUGCACCGCUUCUACACAUUCAAUACUGCAAUUCGAUGUGCAAUAUUUGCACCAAUGAUAUUAGGCUUGUGAUUUUAAAAUUAUUCUCCUUUUAUAAGAUAAAUAGAAAUAGAAUUAAUUAUUAAACGUGAAUUAAAAUAAUCAAAGUAUGAAAAUAGAAGUAUCAAAUACCAACAAAAAUAUUUAGGGGAGAGUUAGUGACUUAGCUAACUGUAAUGGAAAAUUCCAAUGAUUUUUCAGAUUUAAGUUUCCUGUAUGUUUUUAAUUUAAAAGGUUUAAACAAAUUUGCUUAGUCUAACUGAUUAUGUUUCUUGUCUUUUCUCAAAGAGAUCAUAAUUCGAAUCUCAUCACUUAUGUACUUUUCCUGUAAAUAAGAAAAUAAUAAAUGACUGUGAAGACGAAUCUACCAUUCAUACUUUUGCAAUGGAUGUAAGGAUUUUGUAAUGGAGGAAGCACCUUUCCCAUUUCACUCUUAUAUUAGGUGUAGCGAAAGUAACCCGGUGGUUGAGUGUUUAGUGGGUCGGACACUAUUUUUGCUCGUUUACAUUAGUAGCACCUUUUCCAUUUGCGUUGGGCAAACCAACAAUACUCAAUCUAUCCAUAUUUACCCCACCAAGAAUUUCUCUUGCUUAAUAAUAGAGGUAGAGGAGGUUAGUCGGUUGUUGAGCCUGAUGAGAAGUUUGGAGAGACGGCGAUGGUUGAGCGUUUAGUGGGUCGGGGCACUAUUUGGACCUGUUUACAUUAGUAGCGUCUUUUCCAUCCGCGUUUGGCAAACCAACAUCACUCAAGCUUUCCAUAUUUACCCCUCUCUUAAAGACACAUGUGCCUCAUAUUCACUCAAAAGUUGUAUUUAAAAGUAUCGUUACUUUAUGAUAGUUAUAACAAUUAAUUCUAUGUUAAGAAUUCUACAUCGCUUCUACACAUUCAAGAGUUAAAUUCAAUAUAUGCAAUAUUUGAAUCAAUGACAUUUCGGUUGCUAAUAGUGGUGGAAAAGUCUCAUAUUUUUCAGAUUUAAGCUUCUGUAUGUUUUUAUUUGAAAAAUAUCACACAAAUGUGUUUAUUGUAACUGGUUAUGUUUCUUAUCUUUGUUUGAAGAGACCACAGUUCAAAUCCCAUUACUAAUGUAUUUUUUAUGUAAAUAAGAAAAUAAUAAGUGAUUGUGAAGACGAAUCUACCGUUCCUACUUUCACUCCGGAUGAAGGAAAUUUGAAAUGGGGCUUCAAGUUUUCUCAUUUGGCUUUUCUUUAUUGUGUAGAUUAGUCAUUUUUUUAUAAUAAAAAUACUUGAAGAUUAAAGGGUAAUGGCUAUUUAUCAGCCAAACCUUUUUCACAUUUUUUUAUUAGCCAAACCUAUUAAAAUAUUAAUAAUUAGCCAAAUCUUGUGUAAUUCAUUAAAUUAUUAGCCAUUUUUACGUUAUCAUUAAUAAUUUUCUAACUCUUUUCUUAGUUAGAAUACUAAAAUUUUGAAAUGUCGACAUUCAUGUUUCUCUUCCAAAUUAGUAUCAUAUUGCUAAGUUAAUAUUAGUAAAAAAAUUACUAACUUUUUUUUGACGAAACGAUCACUUGCAUUAAACAAGAAAACCAAGUUACAUAUGACCUAGCUCCAACCAAAGCCAAGAAUGAAAAUCAAACACAUUACACCCCGUAGGAAACAAACACAGGGCCUUCUUAGCCACCAAAUGGGCUACCCUAUUGUUUUGCCUACGCACAAACUUAAUAUGAAACCCGGGCAACGCCGAAAGAAAAUGGCGAACUUCCUCAAAUAUGGCCCCACCAGAAGCGUCUGAGAUGCCCCCUGCAGUGACCUUAUCAAUGACUACCUUCGCAUCACCUUCCAUCAAUACAUCCUCAAAGGCAAGACGAUGGCACCACCGGAUGGCAUCCCGAAACGUGGAUAACUCCACCAACAUGGGAUUCUAAAGACCGCUAUACAUCACUCCGUGUACCGCCAACACCAUACCUGCUGCAUCACGUAAAACCAUUCUUCCUGCUGCAUUGGAUCCCUCACGGACUGCACCAUCAAAAGAGCAGAUAAUUCCCCCUGUCGAAUCCCCCUGGCCAGCAGGCAAUCCCACAUUCUGCGUCAGAGCAGGUGUAGCACCACCCCGUCCCUCCUCCUGCGGAAACUGCAACCACUCAUUCGCUUGAAAAAGGAACUCCUGUCUAAGAAUAGAUGGAAGGGUCUGUUGUCCCUCAAAUGCUACCGAGUACCGACCCUUCCAAAUUCUCCACAACAAGCACACCAACCGAACUACAUGGGAAGGCGAAGCAUCGCGUUCCAGGAAGCGCCGGAAAAUAUUAAAACACUUGGUAGGGAGUAUCUCCAACUCAGCGGCCCAGACCCGCAGCUUCCCACAAUCCGCGCGCCACAAGGCAAUGCAAAAAAAGAUGUUCAGUAGUCUCCUCGAUCGCCCAACAAACCGGGCAUCGAGCAAGAACUAGCACCUUCUUCUCUAGCAGAGCUCCAUAGUUGGCAAGAUUCGGUGCAAGAGCUCCCACACAAAGAACUUAAGGUUAAAGGCCUGUUUACUUUCAUUUCUGUUUCCUGUAUUUGAGAAAACAUAUGUUGAAAACAGGUGAAAACAAUAUUUUUUCGUUUCCGAAAACAGCAAGAAGCUGCCACUUUCUGUUUUCAGAGUUGAAAACGAAUAAAAAGUAGAAUGAAAAGUAAACAGAUUUUCUCAUUUCAGUUGCCAAAUUUAUGACAUGAAAACAGAAAACGAAAAUGAAAGUGAACAAUGACUAGGUUGGAUUGGUAACAAAAUUACUUAGCUUGAAAUUAAUAUUUGGUUAAUUCUUAGUAUUAUUUGUUUUUUAAUAAAAAAAUCCAAAACAUUACCAAGAGAGCUAACAAGAAGUCAUAUUAUUCAUUCGUGUCGUUCGUUCGUAGCUGUAGCAAAGCAAGAGCGAGUUCUGUCAAAUUCCUCCUCUCAAAUGGCGUCGACUUCGAGGCAUGUUUCGGUCAUCUUCCUCCUCCUCUCCGUCUUGAUCGGGCUCCUCUCCACCUCCGUCUCCGCCGGAAGGCCCUGUAAGACUCUCUACAUCUCCUCCUACACCGUCUCCGUCAGGCCUCUUCACUCCUUCCGCUACCCUAACCCUAAUUUCGGUCGUCGCUCCGCGGGGUUCGUGGCAAUUGUGACCGAAAUCGGCCACCAGAGCUCCUCGGAAUCCUCAUCCAACAUGAUUAGCGAUCGCGCCGUCUUCCCCGGCCUCGAAUUCGGGAAUCAUGUCGCUGGUGGCUCGCGAUUCGUCCCACGGGAUGAGCGGCAGCAAGAGGAGCACCAGGGCUACGCCGGUCUUCUCCCCUUCGGGCUUUCGUCCCACGAGAUGAGCUCUCUCCGAGACCGUACUAAGGAUAUCCUAAGCGUGGUUGUGGCUUUGCUCUUUGGCGUCGGCUGUGGAGCUCUCACUGCCGCGACUAUGUACCUGGUCUGGUCGCUCUUCGCCGUGCGCUCUGCCGCCUACUACGACGAAUUGUACGACGAUGAUGAGGAAGAGGAAGAAGAAGAUGCAUCGCCUAAGAAGAUGGGUUAUGUCAAAAUCCCCGAAGCCGAGAAAGGUGCUGCUCCUGUUAAAGCUGUGGUAUGAACUCACAACAGGGGUUUUCUGUUUCCCAUCUGUUUUCUAUCGUGUCUCGUUACAGUAUAACAGGAGGAAAAGUAAUUUGCAGUCUUGCGAUCCGAGCGAGCGUAUUUGACUUUGCCCUUGCUUUAUAUUAUGUUAAAAAGCUAUCUGUGCCUUCUUAAUGUUUUCUAUCAGCCAUUCUCUCUGUUGUUGCUGCUGAUAGAUGGUGGAACCUACUUGUGACAUUUGCUCCCAUUGCUAUGAAUGUUCAUUUCCGGCUGUUUGUUUUGCUUAUCUGAUUCUCCAUUUUGCCUAGCUUCCUCUUAGAUUCAGAUACAUGGUUGCAUUUGUUAUCAUUUCGGUCUCGUCUUUCUGGCAAAAUCAUUUUGGUUUCUCUGUAGCAUGUAUGGUGGGAUUGGAAUGAGUUGGGGGCUGAUGCUCAUUGGUAUGAUCUGUGUAUUUGUUCCCACGAGAUGACUACAUUGGUGAUGGUAUUCCUUUGUUUAAACUUGUAAGGAUUAACUUGUGUAUUCCUCAUUCCUUGAGCGAGGUAACUUGGUAGUUGAUUCGAGAGUUCAGUCUGUUAUCAAGAAGCAUUAGGAAGAACGGCCACAGCCAUACCGUAUUUUACUGUCAUCUUGAUCUUGUUGACUGGUUUUAUCAGAAUGCAUGAAUCAGUGUUUUGCUCUUUGGUUGGCAACCGAACUUGUAUCUUUGCUUGCUAAUGUGGGCUGGAAUUUGUAGCUGACAUGAAAAUGGCAGAUUCUUGUGCUUCUAAGAUCCGAAUUACAGCUUCAGGACAAUUGAAUUUGACUUUUAAAGACGAACGGGUUUAAGCUUUGAAUUAGUUUCAGAGUAUUGUUCUUAGGUUGAGGUUAAUUCAACAGAAAUAUAUUCUUUGGGAGUGGUGGGGCAUUUUCUAGUAUUGCAGUGGGGUGGGGUAUAUUAGUUCUUUGGUAUGGUAUUCAGAGCAAGGUUGUCAAAACGGUAACAAGGAUUUGACUAGUGGAAUGAUAUGACUUGUGGUACAAUCGAGUUAUGACGACUGUAAUAGAAUCCAUUAAAAUGGAAAAUUAUUAAUACUAAAUAAAUUAGUUAGGAAGAAGACUUAAAAGGGAAAAUCAUUAAUACUAAAUAAAUUAGUCAGGAAGAAGACUUAAAAGGGUGUAGAUUAGGGUACAAAACUUUGUAGUUUUAUAGUACUACAAAACAAUAAUUGAUGACUGAGAUUGAGGUGAUUUAAUCGAUACCUUUUAUAAUGGAUGGAUAAGAUUGAGAGUAGGUGAUCUAGUGGUUAUAUUUGUUGGGGGGUAAGAAGGAAAUGUAGGAAUUUGUGAAGAGGGUUGAUCGGAUUUUGGGGUAGUUGACCGAAUUUGGGAAGAAGGUUGAAUGACAGGCUUUGACUCGCUAAAACACAACUCUUAAUAAUGUUCAAGUGUAACUAGUGAAAGCGACUGCAGUAAUGUGGAUUCAGUUCUACUUAUAAAUUUGUGUCCUAGAUGUACUGACUAUUCAGUGAAUUUUUUAUUAUUUAGCGGUUGAAGUGUAGAGAAGUUUGUUGCAUGCAAAGCAGAAAAGAAAGCAGGUGAAUGUUCUGGUUUUCAUAUGCAAGAGAGGUCACUUAAGUAUUUGUCCCCCUAGCUCCUCAAUUAGGUACUAGUUGUAAUUCCCUUAGUUGUUUCACUGAUGAUCAAACUGCAAAAGACACAAUAAUAGCAUGGAAUCUUGAUUAAAGCAGACCAAGCCCACUUAGAAAAAGUAUCCGGCGGGCGACUAACCUCCACCAGAAUAAAAUGUCAAGGUAAUACACAAAAAUCUCCUCUAUUGGUUUGAAUUACAUUAUAGAGCAAUAAAUUGAUCGACUCUCGCACAAUGGAUUCACUACUUCCAAUUGAAGAAGCUCUUUUAACCCAAUUGAAGAAGCUCUUUCACUGAUGAUUAAACUGCAAAAGACAAAAUAAUAGCAUGGAAUCUUGAUUAAAGCAGACCAAGCCCUCUUAGAAAAAGUAUCCGGCGGGCGACUAACCUCCACCAGAAUAAAAUGUCAAGGUAAUACACAAAAAUCUCCUCUAUUGGAGUGAAUUACAUUAUAGAGCAAUAAAUUGAUCGACUCUCGCACAAUGGAUUCACUACUUCCAAUUGAAGAAGCUCUUUUAACCCAAUCAGAUUUUAUCUCUCCUAGGUUAAAGCCAAAAUCAAUAGAAUGUGCUCAAAACUCAAUUGACUCAAAUAAUCAUGCCUCAAUUGAAUAAAACCAAUUAGUAUAACAUCCAAAAGUUCACCAAAAAAAAAUCAUAACACAUGGAACUAGGGUUCUUCAUACCCAACUGAAAAGGAGGUUUACGACAUAGAGAGAAAGGAAAACCAUAAUCGGAGUAGUCAUACUCGUGAAGAUGUGUAUAAUAAGUUUCGGGAUGUCGAUUUGCUCUCCAAGAUUCAAAGGUAGUAUAUCAGCUCAAAUCAGCUCCACGGUUUUGUUCAUCGUCACUUUCUCUUUUUAGAACUCUAUUUUUGCUGUCAAAAGUCGGAUCCCUUUCAAAAGGCUCAAAAUUGUGAGUUAUACCUGAUUCUGGCCAAAACAUGGUCGUGUUUUGGUGCCGGUGUUUUUGCCAUGCCCUUGUUUUUGCCCUUUCCCACAUUUCACUUAAGUUUCCUAGGAAAGGGAGAAACACUAGCACUCGAGGGAGAAACACGGGCGGUGCUUGUGUUUUCGUUUUGCCCGUGUUUUGUCCCUUCCCCACGAUUCCUAUCGGCAUAAGUAACACUGUCCUUGGAUGGAGAAACAGAGUCGCUAUUUUGCCUCUAGUUCACUUUUGAGUGGCUAUUGAUUGACCAAACGACCUCUGAUUGACUCGAAACUUGCGCAUAUGCCUCCCUUUACUUGUUAGGGCCUGAAAUGUGACAAAAGAAUGCAACCUAGCAUUAAAUAGGCUAAGGAAUGAUAAAAACCAAGCCAAACGACUAAGAAAUUAGGGAAAAAAACAUGUGUAUCAUGGUAUUAUUGAAUUCUCCCACACUUAACGUUUGCUGUCCCCAAGCAAACCAAGUAAGACACGAGGUGCUCAAAACAUCUUAACCAUGUAGACUCUAGGGACAUAUCAUAGAGGCACACAAAUACAUGAAACACCUUGGCUAUUUGACAUCGAUACACGAACAACAACAACAACAACCUCGACAACCACCACACAUAUGACAUCCGAAUGUUGCAAAAACAUGGAAAUGAAGAGAUUCCUCUCUGUUCACAUACCAAAAAAUGACUUGUUUCAACUACUCACUUGUCAUAGUCACCCAUGCAUAAAGAUCAAGAAAUCAGAAUCAAAGACUGAGCAAUCUAGGUCCUCUUCAAGAUAAAUAUUAUGGAAAAAUGACUCACCGUUCACUCUCCACGAGUGGAGUCGGGACAAUUUGUUGCAAAGGAUGUGCAUACUCAAUCUCUCAUCAUUAACACAUCUUCGCCAUGGUAGUAGCUUCUAAGAGUUAGAGUUCGCAAAAUAGGUGUCGCAACUAACUUGUUAGGAGGACUUGACCGGGUUGCAAUGUAACUAGCCGGGGGCUUGGACAUGGGGAACAUGAUAUGAGGCGGUGGAUGCAUACAACCAAAGUUCCACAAUUCCAACCAAAUCAAAUACACAUGAAUUAUGCAUAGCAACUUUCCAUGCUAAUGCUGCUUCUAGCGUAUUUUAAGCACAAGAGUGUCGGAGAUAACAAACUUUUCUGUAAUAUUAAACUUUUUGUGGCAGCUCUCUUUCUUUAUUUUCAUUCGUUUUUUUUUAUUUCCUUGAGAGCUAACUAUCUUGCCACUUUUUUUAAACUCUAAGAACACAUUGCUCAACUUUUAGGCACUUACUCCAUCAUGCACUUUCAACAAAUCAUGCAAAAAUCAACUAUGUGGAUUCUUGAAGAAAACAAAUGAGACUAGAACAU